AAUAACAUGGAGUAAAAGAAGAGGCAAAGACAAAAACCUAGUAACAUAAGAGUACACAGUAGCAAAGCAAACGCAAAAAUGGGUGCUUUGGAUCAUAUCUCCGACCUCUUCGACUGCUCCCACACCAGUUCCAAACUCAAGAAGAAGCGCAAACAAUUCCAGACGGUGGAGGUGAAAGUGAAGAUGGACUGUGAAGGGUGUGAGAGGAAGGUGAAGAAAUCGGUGGAGGGAAUGAAAGGGGUGACUCAGGUGGAGGUGGAUCGGAAGGCUAGUAAGGUCACUGUUUCGGGCUACGUUGAACCCUCUAAGGUUGUGUCUCGCAUCUCUCACCGCACCGGAAAGAGAGCGGAGCUGUGGCCGUAUGUCCCGUACGACGUCGUUGCGCACCCUUACGCGCCCGGUGUCUACGACAAGAAAGCGCCCUCUGGGUACGUGCGAAACGCCGAAGUUGACCCUCGUCUGACUAACCUCGCACGUGCCAGCUCCACCGAGGUCAGGUACACCACCGCCUUCAGCGACGACAACCCCGCCGCAUGUGUCGUCAUGUGAUGUCCAUAACCGUCUCUCCCCGUCUUUUGUUUUUUGUUCUUGUGUUGUAUUGUAUCAUAGUAGCAAAGGAAAAGACAAAAGUAAAAUAGGUCACCUAAUGUAUGUAACCUUAAAGUGAUUUUGCAUUUUUUUUAUGAUGUUGUGUAAAAAAGAUUUUUAAUCUGAGUUUUGUUGGUAGUUCA